AAAACACCCCCAAAAUUAUCAUAUUCUAUAAAAUCUACUUAUAUAAAAACUGGAGUGCAGCAAACCAGAGAACCUAAAUCCAUCAGACCCUUUCUCUGUCUCUUAAGGCUGAGGGAGAGAAGAAGCAGAAACACCCAUCACUUCUCUCUCUCUUCUCUAUUUCUCUUUUUUUUGUCUUCUUCUUCCAUUUCUCUUUCUGUGAGUUUUUUUGGUGGGUGUUAAUUAACUGCAGAAAUUAGAAUAUAUUUGUAUACUCUUCUUCUCUUAAACAAUCAAAGUUUUCCCCUUUAUUUUCUCUAAAUUUCCACACUUUUUUGUGACACUUGCAAAAAGAUUCAAUUUUGAAACAUACCCAAUUGCUGAAAAUCUAUUCAUUGGUGUCUAAGAACCUCAAUGUUGUCAUAUAGCAAUAGUUGAGUUUCUUUCUCCUGAACUAUUUGAAACCCUAGAACCAAAUUUUUUUGUUUGUUUGUUUGUUUUUGAAGUUAUUUGAUUCAUGGGUUUUGAUAGAUUGCAAAUUUGUAAUGGAAAAGAAAAUGGGUUUUUGAGUAAUUGCAAUUUGGGGCUUCAAUGGAGUAUUUCAGAAGAGAGUUAUCAAACCUUACCUCCUACAGGUGGGUUAUUUGCAAGUAUUGGGCAAAUGGGUAGUGUGGGUUUUGGUGGUGGGGUGUCCCCAAAUCCUUCAAAUUCAAAGGACAAUGAAGGAGGGUUUAAGCUUCCAUACAUGGAUUUAUAUGUAAAGUAUGUUUCUUCCCCUGAAGGGUUUAAAAUUGUUGGGAUUCCUGAGGCAAUUGAGGAGGAGAAGGCUAAGAAGAAAAAAGGUGGUUUUAAGUUGAAGAUUAAGGUUGCUAAUCCUUCAUUAAGGAGGUUGGUUAGUGGGGCGAUUGCCGGGGCCGUUUCGAGGACGGCUGUGGCUCCAUUGGAGACAAUUAGGACUCAUUUGAUGGUUGGAAGUAGUGGACAUUCAACUACAGAAGUGUUUCAUGAUAUUAUGAAGACUGAUGGGUGGACUGGAUUGUUUAGGGGGAAUUUGAUUAAUGUUAUUCGGGUGGCUCCCAGUAAGGCUAUUGAGCUCCUUGCAUAUGACACGGUCAACAAGCGCUUGUCACCAAAGCCAGGAGAACAAUCUAAAGUUCCUAUCCCCCCUUCUCUUAUUGCCGGGGCGUGUGCAGGGGUCAGCUCUACCAUGCUGACAUACCCUCUUGAGUUGGUGAAGACCCGAUUAACCAUACAGAGGGAUGUCUACAAUGGUAUAGUCGAUGCUUUUGUGAAAAUAUUACGUGAGGAAGGCGUUUCAGAGCUGUACAGAGGCCUUGCCCCGAGCUUAAUUGGUGUCAUUCCUUAUGCCGCUACGAACUACUGUGCGUACGACACGCUGCGGAAAACAUAUAGGAAGGUUUUCAAGCAAGAGAAGAUUGGGAAUAUCGAAACCCUGCUGAUUGGUUCUUUAGCAGGGGCCAUCUCCAGUACUGCGACGUUCCCUCUUGAGGUGGCUAGGAAGCAUAUGCAAGUAGGGGCUGUUAGCGGAAGACAGGUAUACAAAAAUGUGUUUCAUGCUUUGGCUACUAUCCUCGAGCAGGAGGGGGUACAAGGUCUAUAUAGAGGUCUCGGCCCUAGUUGCUUGAAGUUGGUGCCAGCUGCUGGGAUUUCAUUUAUGUGUUAUGAAGCAUGCAAGAAGAUACUGGUGGAGGAUGGAGAUGAGGCAUAGGAGAGUUUACCUAAGGAAUAAAUUGAUGACACAGAUGGAGCUUUUUGGGUAACUUUUGUUUUUCACAAGUUCUUUGUUUGGGUUUUUAUUCGAACAGCCAUUCUUUAGGGGCUGAUACUUUUUCUAGAUUUAUAUCACAAUUUUCCAAUUUUUGUGGUAACGUGCUUGAACAUGAAAUGAAGUGGAACAACAUGGGGAGUUUUGAUGUUGUGGGCGUGGAUUAGUGAAAUUUUGCUGUAAUUGUGACUGUUUAGUUGUGAUUUACAUACGGCAAUUCAUAGCA